AACCCCGAAAUCACAAUCGGAGCUCCUUCAAAGAGUUUGCGAUAGCGAAAAAUAAGGGCGAGAAAGUUCAGACUCGCCUGAAAGAAGAAGAAGAACAAGGAAGGGCUUGAUCACCUGCGACGCACUCUUUCUCCUCAACCGCAACAGCAACAACAACAAUGACGACUUCGAGGCGACUGGCUGAUAGGAAGGUGGAGCGGUUCGAGAAGAACAUCACCAAGAGAGGCGCCGUUCCCGAGACGACCGCCAAGAAGGGCAAGGAUUAUCCCGUCGGCCCUAUUCUCCUCGGCUUCUUCAUCUUCGUUGUUGUUGGCUCAUCUCUGUUUCAGAUCAUCAGGACAGCUACCACUGGAGGCAUGGCCUAAAUUGAGCCUGCUGCUUGUGCUGAGUUUCUAAGUUAUGAAAGAGAUGGUGUUAGAUCGAAUCAUUGUCGUGUCGUGUCAUUUUACUUUUUCUUUUUGUUAGCCAGUAGAAAAAACAACUGAUAUACAAGAAUGUGAUCUAGUACUACAAGCUGUGGUUUCUAUCUUGUUAAGGUCUGUGUAGACCUUGUGAAAACGAAGAAGUUUAAAUAAUAAACUACCCCUUUCCUAUCUAA